CCCCCGGUCCUGGCCCGCCGCGGCUGUCCCCGCUCUGGCGCAGCGAUGGCGGAGGCCGUAGAGCGCACUGACGAGCUGGUCCGCGAGUACUUGCUCUUCCGCGGCUUCACGCACACCCUGCGACAGUUGGACGCCGAGAUCAAGGCGGACAAGGAGAAGGGGUUCCGGGUGGACAAGAUUGUGGACCAGCUGCAGCAGUUAAUGCAGGUGUAUGACUUGGCUGCUCUUCGGGAUUAUUGGAGCUACCUGGAGCGUCGGCUCUUCAGCCGCUUGGAGGAUAUAUAUAGACCCACCAUCAACAAGCUGAAAACUAGCCUGUUCCGCUUUUAUCUUGUCUACACAAUCCAGACAAACAGAAAUGACAAGGCUCAGGAGUUCUUUGCAAAGCAGGCCACGGAGCUCCAGAACCAGGCCGAGUGGAAGGAUUGGUUUGUCCUGCCCUUCCUGCCAUCCCCAGACACCAACCCCACCUUUGCCACCUACUUCUCUCGACAGUGGGCUGACACCUUCAUUGUGUCCCUGCACAACUUCCUGAGUGUCCUGUUUCAGUGCAUGCCAGUCCCCGUGAUCCUGAACUUCGACGCGGAAUGCCAGAGGACCAGCCAGGUUCAAGAAGAAAAUGAAGUUCUGCGCCAGAAGCUUUUUGCACUGCAAGCGGAAAUCCACCGACUGAAGAAAGAGGAGCAACAGCCAGAAGAGGAAGAGGCCCCAGUUCAACACAAAUUGCCUCCUUAUGUCUCCAACAUGGACCGCCUGGGAGACUCGGAACUCCCUGUGACCUGCCGGUGUGUCUGCUUGACCAGAGCCAUGAUGUGCAGCCAGAGGAGCGCUGCCCUGUCCCAGUCGCCUCGUGUGGGCUUCCUGUCUUCACUGCUGCCUCAGAGUAAGAAGAGCCCCUCAAGGUUGUUACCUGCCCAGGGCCCCCCUCAGGCUCAGAGCUUGGCCAAGAAAGAGUCCUCCAGCAGUCAGACCGCUAAGGGGAAGGAGCCGGCGUGUGGGCCCAAGGACGGGAAGAGCCUCUUCAGUGGGCUGGCCACCGGGGAGUCCAGCUGGUCGCAGCACCGGCAGCGGCGCCUGCAGGAUCACGGCAAGGAGAGGAAGGAGCUGCUCUCUCUGACUCUGCAGUGUGCAGAGAAGAAGCCUGAAGCCAGUGGCCCAGAGGGAGAGCCCUGCCCAGAGCUCCACGUGGAGGCGGCGGAGACGCUGACACGGGCCUCCACAGCAGGCCCUGACGGCGGAGGGGUCCGCCCCGAGCAGCCAUUCAUUGUGCUGGGCCAGGAGGAGUACGGAGAGCACCACUCCUCCAUCAUGCACUGCAGAGUGGACUGCUCGGGGAGGAGGGUCGCCAGCUUAGACGUAGACGGGGUCAUCAAGGUGUGGUCCUUCAAUCCCAUCAUGCAGACCAAAGCGUCCUCCAUCUCCAAGUCGCCGCUGCUCUCUCUAGAGUGGGCCACCAAGCGGGACAGGCUGCUCUUGCUGGGCAGUGGCGUGGGGACAGUGCGCCUUUAUGACACGGAAGCCAAGAAGAAUCUCUGUGAAAUCACUAUCCACGAUGAUAUGCCCAGAAUCCUGUCUCUUGCGUGCAGCCCCAGUGGGGCCUCCUUCGUCUGUUCGGCUGCGGCUCCGAGCCUCACUUCUCAGGGGGACUUCUUGGCCCCGGACAUCGGCAGCAAGGGCACUAACCAGGUUCCUGGCAAGCUGUUGCUGUGGGACACGAAAACUAUGAAGCAGCAGCUUCAGUUCUCCCUGGAUCCAGAGCCCAUUGCUAUCAACUGCACAGCCUUCAAUCACAAUGGGAACUUGCUGGUCACAGGGGCGGCUGACGGCGUCAUCCGGCUGUUUGAUAUGCAGCAGCACGAGUGCGCGAUGAGCUGGAGGGCCCACUGCGGGGAGGUCUACUCCGUGGAGUUCAGCUACGACGAGAACACCGUGUACAGCAUCGGCGAGGACGGGAAGUUCAUCCAGUGGAACAUCCACAAGAGCGGCCUGAAGGUGUCUGAGUAUGGGCUCCCUGCAGAUGCCACGGGUCCCUUUGUGCUGUCUGGUUACAGCGGCUACAAGCAGGUUCAGGUCCCCCGGGGCCGACUCUUCGCUUUUGACUCAGAGGGAAAUUACAUGCUGACGUGUUCUGCCACAGGAGGCAUCAUCUACAAGCUGGGCGGGGAUGAGAAGGUUCUGGAGAGCUGCUUGAGCCUGGGUGGCCACCGAGCCCCUGUGGUCACCGUGGACUGGAGCACAGCCAUGGACUGCGGGACCUGCCUCACUGCCUCCAUGGAUGGCAAGAUCAAGCUGACCACCCUCCUGGCUCAUAAACUCUGAUGGGACCUGCCCCAAGGGAUACCCACGGAAACAGUAUUAUCCUGGGGGGUUGGGAGAGAUGAGGCAGGAAGGCAGAUGCUCCACUUCUGGCUCCUUGCCAGUGUGUGGAGUCUUCAGGGAAAGACUGUCUGGGGGCUUGGCGCACUGCCUAGCUGUGGUGACUGGAACAGGAGCCACACAGAGUAGUGGCAUGUGUUCCCCGAGACCAGCAUGCUGGGCUCUGCCAGAAGCAUGCUGCAGAUGGCGGGAGGAAAGCUCAGGAAGCAGGAGAUGCAUUGUGAUGGCUGCUCUGUUGGCCCAGGAGAGAUUGACAGUAUUUUGUAUAUAUUUGCUCAUUUUUCUUCUUUUUUAAAAAAAGAAUGCUCCUGUGGUCACCUGG